AUGGACGCAGAGAUUAUGGUCGAUGCGGACGCGGGGAACAUGGACAUCCUGAUUACAGCCGGACCUGAGGCUGCAGAGAAACAACCGGAUAAUGAUAAGCCGGAGAGUAGCGGAGCUACAGACGUGAAUGGGCAACCGAAUGUUGUACCAUCGUCCCAGGAACAGUGGGAAACGAUGAAGGCCAUGAUGGCACAGCUGGACGUGCUCACAAAGGCGUUGGUACCAGAUCCUGUGGUACCAACGGCGGAAUGGAUUCUGGAGAAAGGUUGUGAGGCGUACUUACCAACAUUCACAACAAAGGAAGUUGGGGAAAGUACGGAACUGGAUGAGAUUCCGGUAGCCAAUGAAUUUGCCGAUGUGUUUGAAGCGGUACGGGGAGUACCGCCGGAUAGAUCAGAUCCGUUCAACAUCGAGCUGGAACCGAGGACGACCCCUAUAUCUAAAGCGCCUUACCGGAUGGCACCGGCAAAAAUGGCGGAGUUAAAGAAACAAUUGGAAGAAUUGUUUGAGAAAGGGUUUAUCAGACCAAGUAGUUCACCUUGGGGUGCACCUGUCUUGUUUGUGAAGAAAAAGGAUGGUAGCUUUAGGCUAUGCAUUGAUUACCGGGGCUGA